GGGUGGGGUGGCUGCGUGUUUCCGGAAGACGUGGCGGCUCUUGCCUGAGCUGUUUCCAGGCUUCAUUACUCUCGACUUUGCUUCACACCCUGGCCUCCUCGAGGUGCUGUCGUCGUUGCCCUCACCGCUGCAGUCAUGAUCUCCUUAACGGACACCCAGAAAAUUGGAAUGGGAUUAACAGGAUUUGGAGUGUUUUUCCUGUUCUUCGGAAUGAUUCUCUUUUUUGACAAAGCACUGUUGGCUAUUGGAAAUGUUUUAUUUGUGGCUGGCUUGGCUUUUGUAAUUGGUUUAGAAAGAACAUUCAGAUUCUUUUUCCAAAAACAUAAAAUGAAAGCUACGGGAUUUUUCCUGGGUGGUGUAUUUGUAGUCCUUAUUGGUUGGCCUUUGAUAGGCAUGAUCUUCGAAAUUUAUGGAUUCUUUCUCUUGUUCAGGGGCUUCUUUCCUGUGGUCAUUGGCUUCAUUAGAAGAGUGCCAGUCCUUGGCUCGCUCUUGAAUUUACCUGGAAUUAGAUCAUUUGUAGAUAAAGUUGGAGAAAGCAACAAUAUGGUAUAACAACAAGCGAAUUGAAGACUCAUUUAAAAUAUUAUAUUAUUUAUAAAAUCCUUUGAAGAAUAUUCAGCACAAAAUUAAAUUACAUGAAAUAGCUCGUAAUGUUCUUUACAGAAGUUAAAAAUGUAUACCUACGAAGUACCAACAGCAGUUAGCAAAGAAGCAAUGAAAACAGGUGAUCUAAGUGAUCCGAGAAGUCAGCAAGCAAACUGAAGGAGAUGAAAUCUAUGUUACAAUGCAUAUUGAAACUCUUGAAGGCGAUUUUUAUUGUUUUUCCACAAUGUGCGAAACACAGCCAUCUUUAGAGAACUAUGGUGCCUGUUUCUUUUUAUUUUGAAGGUGCAGGAGCACCCAUAGGCAGUUGCUUUUUUAGAAAUGUCCUCUGCAGUGGCAAAAAUAUUUCCAGUCACGCUGUGUCCCUGAAAGUGAUGCAUGAGUUAGAUUGGAUUAUGUCAUUUUAAUAUAUUAAAAACAAGGAAAACCCAGGUUUGAUGUAUGAAUCACUUUUUUUUUUUGUAAACGUAUGGUUAAAAUAAAACUUGUGAUUCUGCCGAACUUAGUAUUUUAAAGCCAGAUGAAAAUCUGAACUAGAUGUUCUCCAUUGGAAUAUGCAAAGGUCAUUCUUUACUAGGUUUUAGUUUCUAAAUUAUAGCUGACUAAGCAUUUCUUUGGUCAGCAACACACUCUGGAGUAACUUACUUCUUGGGAGUCUAACCUAAGACUUAUCUGUAUCAUUCAUUACAUGCAGGCAUUUAAACAAAACGCAUUCUUGACCCUUAAGUAGUCUGUUACAUAGCUUGUUUCAUUGAAGUCUUUUAUUUAAGAUGCUAAAUGAUUCAAACCAAAUGGAUUUUCUACAUCAUGUUUUCUUUUUCCUUUUUUAUUUUAACCGUGGUUUAUUAUUGUGUUUUUCACAAACUAAAGUAACUAACUUUAUUGGUAAUGUACUCUAAGAUGUAACAUAUUAAAAGGUUAAACAUAGCCAUUUUUAAGGGCUAUUCAUGUAAACUGAGUUUUCCCUUAUUUUCAGCUUUGUCAUAACAUAAAAAUCCAUAUGGAUGAUGUAUGCUUCAUGUGAUCACUCUUCAUCUUGAGUUCAUGGAGGAAAUAUCUGAAUUCACAUGCUGAGGUGAUUUUACUGUAAUUAAACUGGUUAUAGUUUCUUAAAAGCACUACACUAAAAAAAAUGUUUUUUUUCCCUACCAUUGCUGCUUGAAAGAAACAGUAAGAAAGAGUGGUUGUUUCUUCAUUAGCAGUUUUCCAGGUUGCAGCUUUUGUAGUAAAUAUAGGAACACAUUUCAAUAGCCAUAGUACUAUUUGUUUUAUCGCUAGUGAUUGCACUGACUUUUUUUAACAGUUGCAAAGCUUUUUAAUGCAUAAAAUCAUAAUUGAAAUUCAUAAUUUUUAUUUACAAACAUGUCUACAAAAUACAUUGCAGCCUAUGUUAGUUUUAGUUAAAUCUCUUGAUGCACAGAGAACUCCCAAGCUUGCUCAUUUAAAGAAGGAAAGUCUUUGGUAGAUAGUCUAACGGUUCAGUCUUGUGGAUUACUGUCUUUUGAUGCUGGCAUUUAACCAUGACAUAAUCUGUGAAAAAAAUAGAUGAUAUUGACAAAAUGAGACUACUACCUCAAUAGUUCAUGGAAUAAUAAGAGACCUAGUGUUGUAUCUAAUGUUAUUCAAAAGAGUAAUAUCCUCACUUGGAGAGUGUCAAAUAUAUACCUAUUUUGGGGAUUGACUUAUACAAGUUGCCCUGUAAGAUUCUGUUAUACAUAUUUUUGACUGACCCAUAUUAUUUAAAAUGGCUAGCUAAUUCUACCUUUUGAGCAAGAACAGAAUCUGUUAAUGCAAGGAACAUCUGUAUUAUUUAACUCCUUUGUAGACAUGAAUUUCUAUCAAAAUGUUCUUUGCACUGUAACAGAGAUCUCUUUUUCAACAAUCUUAUUAUCAAGCAGAAGUGUGAAAGAUUCGCUAAUCUCCCGAUCCUUAGUAAGACUGAGAGGCUGGAGCAGUUCUCGGUUUUAAACAAGUCUAUGGUUAAUCUCAAAUGUGAGUUUGGGACUGCAUAGCAGCAUUGUAUAUUUCUUAUUCAGGACCAUUGAUGAGGCGCUAUUUUUAAACAUUAGUCCUCUGACUAAAAGGAGUACCAUUUCUUUCAGUUUUUCUAAAAAGUAUUGUUUCUUUUCCAAAAUUAGCAGUCUUAGUGAAAAAAACAAAAAGCAUUGGUUAUUGCUAUGAAGAUGGAAGAAAAAGUCUAAUUCUACUUAGCCUUAAGCGUUUCUGGCAUUGUUCAAAUAUAUUUUCUGUAACAGAAACCUAUUUGGAAUGUUUUUCUUUUCCCCUUAUAAAUUGUAAUUCCUGAAAUACUGCUGCUUAAAAAGUCUCACAGUCAGAUUAUAUGAUCUAACAAUUGAAUAUUGUAAAUACACUUGUCUUACCUCUCAAUAAAAGGGUACUUUUCUAUUAA